ACAAAUAUUGUCUAAGAAAAGACAUGAGAGGCACAAUGUGUAAUAAUCUUUCUUUCUCAAUAUCAAUCAUAUUAUUGAUUGCCAUUUUCAAUCCAUGUUUGUCCCAUGAGGUGGCUAGUGACGAUGAUGCUGAUCAUCAUCCUUUGAUUGGGACUAAUAGGGAAGCGCUGGAGAUAAUUAUUGGCGGCGGCGGCGGGGGCGUAGCUCCCGCACCGUCUCCAGACGGUGAGGAUUGUCCUCCGCCUCCUCCUCCUCCAUGCCCACCCCCACCAUCACAUACUCCUCCUCCUCCACCUCCACCUCCGCAAUUGCAUCCGCCACGACCACCGAAAAUAAUUCGACCUCCGCAUCCACCACCAUCACCGACUAGAUGUGGCUACCGGAAUAAAUUCGGGUGCUUCGAAACCAGACGGAUUGCAAAUGCUUUCAUAGUAAUCCGGAAUUUCAAUAAGACAGUCCAACCCAACAAAUUCACGAAAACAUGGAUGGGCAACGACGUUUGCAAGUACACCGGCUUCAAAUGCGACGUCCGCCCCGACGUGAACGAAAAAGCAGUGGCCGCCGUCGACUUCAACGGCGCCAAAUUUACCGGCAUAAGAAACGAUUCCCUUCCGCUAAACAAUUUCAUCGACAGGCUCGAAGAUUUAGCCAUCUACCACGCCAAUUCCAACGGCUUCACCGGCAAAGUCCCGGUCAUCGGAGUCUCGAAAAUCAACUUCUUGUACGAACUCGACCUCAGCAACAACAAGCUAGAAAGUGAUUUCCCCAUGGAAGUAAUCGCCGCCAAGAACUUAACGUUCCUCGACCUAAGGUUCAACAACUUCAAAGGGACAGUACCGUCAUCGGUGUUCAAAUUAGACCUCGAUGUCCUCUUCAUCAACAACAACAAAUUCCAACAACCGCUGCCGGAAAACAUCGGCGACUCGCCUGUACUAUACCUAACGUUCGCGAACAACUUCUUCACCGGUCCGAUCCCAAAGAGCAUCGGCCGAGCUCCGAAUCUCUUGGAAGUGCUGUUUCUCAACAACACAUUCUCCGGCUGCCUGCCGUACGAGAUCGGUAACCUGAGUCAAGCCACCGUGUUCGACGUCGGGACGAACAAGCUAACUGGACCGAUCCCGUACUCGUUCGGGUGCUUGAGAAAGAUGGAGUUGCUCAAUUUAGCCAACAAUGAAUUCUAUGGCGAAGUCCCUGAAAUCGUUUGCCAGCUUUCAAAGCUAGAGAAUUUGUCUUUGUCGAACAAUUAUUUCACACAAGUCGGGCCUGCUUGCAGAGAUUUGAUAACGAAGAAGAAACUCGACGUUCGAAAGAACUGCAUUCUGGACUUGCCGGAGCAAAGAUCAAAAGCCGAUUGUGCUGCGUUUUUCUCGAGAAAAUGGAACUGCGAGAGAAAAGAGACGUACAAAUUGGUUCCUUGCAUGAAGGGAAAACAUGGGGAUGAAAAUUAUGUUUGGAAAUCGACUGAGGAUUCUGAUGAAGAAUCGACUGUUUCUUCUUCACCAUCUGCAACAACUUACAGAGCUCUUAAGCCUCAUCGGUUGUAAAAAAUUACCAGCAUGGCUUUUAGAUGGUAUUUGAUUAUGUAUCUUUUCUUUUGCGCUCAUA